AUGUCCAUCGAGAAGCCUUCUUCUCUUCUCUCCUUCUCCAUUUUCAUCACUUUCAUAUCAAUAUUCUCCCUUUUCUCUUAUCUCCCCUCCUUUUUCGCUGAAAUAGCAAGGAUUGAAGUGCAGCUGAAAGAAGAGCUCGAAGAGUUUCUAAGCAUUGAAUAUGAGCUGAGAAAGGAGUUCGAUAGGUAUCUGAAAGCGCCAGAACGGAGAAUGAAAAGAAGGUUGUACAAUUAUUGUGAGUGUGAAUAUAUCAACACUUGUGCGCCUGGAAAGAAAGGAGGAAAAGGUAGGACUGCGUCUGCAAAAGAUUUUCACAAAUCGAGAGAGUUUCAGGUACACAUGGCGUCCCUGGUGAAGACGGACUUCCUGGAAUGCCUGGACCUCCUGGCAUCCCUGGAGAACUUCCAAACAUUCUUUAUCAGCAAGUGUUCGGUUGCCGUCUUUGCCCUUAUGGUCCCAAAGGCAAACCUGGAAUCAAAGGAGUGGAGGGACCGCCGGUUUCCCAUGCAUUCGAAGCCUUUUUUGUUUCAUUCUAGUUUUCAGGGUAUUGCUGGUUGGCCGGGAGAAACUGGUAUACGUGGAAUGAACGGCGAACGAGGAGCGAUCGGAGAAGACGGACCGCCCGGAGAACCAGGAGUUCCGGGGCUGCCAGGAUUUCCGGGAUUGCCUGGACAGAUAGGAAUAACUGGAAUCAAAGGAGUAAUGGGAGAGAACGGAGAGACUGGAGCACCGGGAAUUCCUGGAGAAGACGGUCCGCCCGGAACAGUGGGACCUCCGGGAGCACUGGGACCAAUGGGACCGAUGGGGUAUUCUGGACCGUACGGAGAUCGUGGAGAGCCGGGUAACGUCAGUGGUUGGAGUUGGAAUGAAUGUUGAUUUCAGGGCCGCCGGGACUGAUGGGCCGUCGUGGAGGACCGGGACUCGAUUCUCACUACUGUCCGUGCCCAUCUCGGAAGAUGUUCCUUUCAAUUCUGAAAGAAAGGAAGAGGAAACAGUUAUGA